AUGGAAGAAACAAAGAUCCAAUCCGACACCAUUCAAGAAGAUAAUGGAAAAUGGGUAAGCCAUUAUUCCAGUGAUCACCAAAUACUGUUGGUGGGAGAGGGUGAUUUCUCUUUCUCUCUUUCCCUCGCCAGAUCUUUUGGCUCUGCUUUCAACAUCGUCGCUUCCUCGCUCAACUCCUACGAUGAUGUUACCAAGAUGUACAAGCAUGCAAAGUCAAAUUUAGAUGACUUGCGCAAGCUGGGAGCAUGCCUAUUACAUGGAGUUGAUGCAACCAAAAUGAAGCAUCAUUCAGAUUUAAAAAUGCGAAGAUUUGAUCGAGUCGUAUUCAAUUUUCCUCAUGCUGGCUUUCAUCGAAGGGAAGAUAACAAAUUGAUGAUUAAGUGA